AUGUACUUAGAUUCCGAUAUAACAUCCAAGCUGAGCGAGUAUACUCAAGGGUGGGGCAAUAUGGCAUCGACAGCAACAGAUGACUUGGAUCAAUUGUUUGCAUCUCUAAGGCUGCUUGAUGAACACAGUUCUCCUAGACAUAAAGUGCCGGUUCCUCGGCACGACACGGUGAACUACCAAGAACAGCUCAAAUCGAAAUAUGCAAGCCAAUCCAACGUCUUAUCAUGGCCACUGCUAGACCUGCUGCAGGACGUCCCGCAAGCUGCAGCUAACGGAUCCAAGGCGAAUGCGCACGGGAGCGGCGAUGUGUACGACUACGAGGACUUUGUUCAGUUACCGGAGCACAUCUCGCGCAUGUCGUACCGGUUCAAACGCAAGGGGCUGCGUGGGGAGAUUGCCAGCUACAAAGAGGAAGUGGACCUGGUGGAGGUGGCGAAUGCCAACGCCGCCAACUCACUGUUGCUGACGAGGAAAGUGGACCACCGGGCAAAUGCUAUCAAGGGCUCGACGUCGCAGCUGCCUUUCACCCCGGGUGGGAUAAGCAUGACUACCAUGAAGUUGCAGUCGAAUAUAUCGGAGACUGGGGUGGCGACAAGCCGCCUGCACAGAGACGCAGAUGGACUGUUUGAUAUUCCACAGGGUUUCGACCGCGGUAUCAUGCUCGUCGACAACCCGGAGGAGGGCGCUGAGCAGGUUGUGGAUCUGCACUCGCUUGACCAAGUCGAUACCGAACUUGCUAAUAAACAGGAACUGGAGGGGAUCAAGAAGCACAAGGAACAAGAGCUAGCCGUGGGGGGCACUGGCUCCAUGCUAUGGAAGCCUGCGGCCGGCGCCGAACGCAAUCUCGCAGAUGUGGAUGACCUGCUUCCCGUGGGGAUAGAGUUUGGUCGCACUAUCCAUGAUCGGAAUAAGGUCCCAUUGAAGCAUGAGUGGGCACACGUUGUCAAUCUCAGCCACACCCUCGAAAACUUGGACGAACUGGUGCCCAAUCCAGCUCGCACUUGGCCUUUCGAGUUGGAUAUUUUCCAGAAACAGGCCAUAUACCACCUGGAACAGGGAGACUCUGUAUUUGUAGCGGCUCAUACCUCGGCGGGAAAGACUGUUGUUGCAGAAUACGCGAUUGCGAUGUCCACCAGGAACAUGACAAAGACCAUUUAUACGUCGCCCAUUAAAGCACUAUCGAACCAAAAGUUCCGCGACUUUAAAGAAGAUUUUGAUGAUGUGAGCGUUGGAUUAAUCACAGGAGAUGUACAGAUUAACGCAGAUGCCAACUGCUUGAUUAUGACGACAGAGAUUUUACGUUCUAUGCUGUACAAAGGUGCAGAUUUGAUAAGGGACGUUGAGUUUGUUAUAUUUGACGAGGUUCACUAUGUCAACGAUCAAGAUCGUGGUGUUGUUUGGGAGGAAGUCAUCAUUAUGUUACCGAGUCAUGUCAAGUUCAUUUUACUGUCAGCGACUGUUCCGAAUACCUUUGAAUUUGCUGACUGGAUUGGUAGAACAAAGCAUAAAAACAUUUAUGUUCUCUCAACUCCUAAACGGCCGGUUCCACUGGAAAUCAAUGUAUGGGCGAAGGAUACCAUGAUUCCAGUCAUAAACGAGAACAGAGAGUUCUUGGCCAAAAACUUUAGCAAGCAUGCUGAUCUGCUAGCUAAUUCCGGGUCAAGCAAUACCGCCAAAAAGACUGCAUCAACGCGCGGCAAUAAGGCGCCCACCAGAGGCGACAAGGCUAAUAAGGUUAUCACCAAAGGAUCAAGAGGUGUCGGGGCGAAGGGCUCUAACAGAAGCUCCUUCUUCAAAAGAGAUGGGCCAAAUAAACAGACAUGGCCUAGAUUGGUGAAUUACCUGAGGUCGAGGGACUUACUGCCAGUGGUCAUUUUUGUGUUCAGUAAAAAGCGCUGCGAAGACUAUGCUGGGUUCUUGGAGGGCACCGAUUUUUCCACCGCUAAGGAGCGCUCACAGGUAUACAUGUUCAUAGAGAAGUCGAUUGCUCGUCUGAAGAAGGAGGAUAGAGAUGUUCCUCAGAUCCAGCAGGUAAGAAGCUUACUAGAGAGAGGUAUCGCUAUACAUCAUGGUGGCUUGUUGCCCAUAAUCAAAGAAUUAAUUGAGAUGCUGUUUGCGAAGGGAUUUGUGAAGGUUUUGUUCGCCACUGAAACCUUUGCUAUGGGUCUCAACCUCCCAACGAGGACUGUUGUAUUCAGCGAAAUUGAAAAACACGAUGGCAAUGGCUUGAGGUACUUAAGCCCCGGUGAGUUUACGCAGAUGGCAGGAAGAGCAGGUCGUAGAGGAAAAGAUAAAGUCGGUACCGUGAUUGUAAUGUCUUAUAACCAUCCUUUGGAUGUAACUUCCUUUAAAGAUGUUACUUUGGGUGUUCCGACCAGAUUGAAGUCUCAAUUCAGAUUAACAUAUAAUAUGAUCCUAAAUUUACUGCGAAUUGAGGCGUUGCGCGUGGAGGAAAUGAUCAAGUAUUCCUUUGGUGAAAACACCAAACAGAAUUUGCUACCAGAGCAGGAACUGAAAGUGAAGGCUUUACGGGAGAAGUUAAAUGAAUCUCCUGAUGUUAAUUGUAUGCAUUGCUCACAAAUACUUGACAAAGCUGUCGAACUGACGACGAGGCAUAGAGACUCCAUCAGAGGCAUAAUUACUGAGGCAAAUAGUAGAAAUAUCCUAUUUGGGCUACUGCGCCAAGGGCGGUUGAUUGUCUAUAGAGAUAGUGACAACAAUGCAAAACUUGGAUUUGUCUUUAGGAAUGAUGCUUCUUCCAACCGUUGUGUUGUCGUUUCAUUCACUAAGCCCUGUUGUUUGUCAGAUGGCAAACCAAAUAACUUACCAUAUUUGACCAUUUGUCGACGGUUUGUCAAGAAGGCCUUCCAGCCAUUAAAGCUAGCACCGGCAACGAUGGAAAGUGUUCCAUUUGAGAAUAUUGAGCUCAUUAGUCGUUAUCAUCUGAACGUUUCCCUGGCAGACCUAUUAAAUGGUGAUCAGAAGGCCAAAGAUGCAUUCCAGGAAAAGAUACAGACUGUGCUACAUAUAGCCCCCAAGUUGAAACCCGCUGAUAUGGAUAAGCACAUAACUUUGAAGAUACAACAGCAUCUAUCAGAUCAUGCUACAGUGGUGAAGGAAUUUAUGGAAUUGGAUGCCUGUAAGUGUCCAAAAUUUGCAGAACACUUUGCCGUCAGAUAUUCGAAGUAUAAAAUUGAACAGGAAAUUGCCGAUGUAGUUCAUCUAAUGUCAGAACAGAAUCUAACUCUCCUGCCAGAUUAUGAACAGAGAUUGGCUGUUUUGAAGGAGUGUGGCUUUAUUGAUUCCAGCAACAAUGUCUUGCUCAAGGGCAGAAUCGCCUGCGAGAUCAACUCUGGUUUUGAACUAGCUCUUACAGAGCUAAUCCUGGACAACUUCCUGGGGGACUUCGAACCGGAAGAAAUUGUGGCAUUGCUAUCUGCCUUUGUCUACGAAGGUCGCACCAAGGAGGAGAUGCCUGUUGUAAUAACCCCAAGGUUGGCAAAGGGCAAAGAGCGGAUUGAACAAAUUUAUUCCCAGUUGAUGAGCACUUACGAAACAUACCAGGUGCCGUUGACCAAAGACGAGGCAGAGUUCCUCGAAAAGAAGCGGUUCGCAAUCAUGAAUGUCGUGUACGAAUGGGCGCGGGGGCUUUCUUUCAAGGCUAUCAUGCAGAUCAGUCCUGAGGCGGAAGGGACCAUUGUCCGGGUCAUCAAUAGGCUCGAUGAGGUUUGUCGUGAACUGAAAACCGCCGCUGUCAUCAUCGGUGACUCAAAUUUGCACAUGAAAAUGACACAGGCGCAGGAACUGAUCAAACGGGAUAUCGUCUUUGCCGCAAGUUUGUAUUUGUGA